AUGUCACACACACGCGCAUCGCGGCUGAUUGCAGAGGGCGAUGUGGUGAUUGUGUUUGUGUCGCGCGACCGUACGCCUACUGUCCUCGUCGUACAGCGUGGUGAACAAUUGAUCAAUAUGUUUGGCGUAUUUCCCCAUGAUGACAUGAUUGGACGCGCGUAUGGCAGCAAGAUGCACUCGAAUAACAAGAAGGGCUUUAUUUAUUUGCUGCGUCCCUCGCCGGAGCUCUGGACGAUUUCACUGCCGCACCGAACGCAAAUCCUGUACGCGCCAGACAUGUCUUUUAUCACGAUGAAGCUGGGCUUGUCGCCCGGUGCCUGUGUCUUUGAGGCAGGAACGGGCAGUGGCAGCUUUACGCACUUUCUCGCGCGCACUGUCGCGCGCGGACCGUCUCCUGAUUAUGAGCGUGGACAGGUAGCCGAGGUAUGGCGCGGCGAAGGCUUGGCUCGCACGCCCGGUGCAUCAGACGUGCAGGCAUCCGAGUACGGUGGACGUGUAUAUUCGUUUGAGUUUCAUGCCGAGCGCGUGGACAAAGCUCGUAAGGAGUUUGCUGCGCAUGGCCUGGAUUCGAUUGUCGUGCUGGAUCACCGCAACGUGUGCAAGGAUGGAUUUGGCAUCACGAACAGGGCGGAUGCUGUGUUUCUCGACUUACCUGCACCAUGGGAAGCUGUGCCGUUUGCCAAAGAGGUGCUGCGCCAAGAUAUUUCCACUCGUAUCUGCUGCUUCUCGCCCUGCAUUGAGCAGGUGCUGCGUACGGUAACGUCGCUGUCGGAGCAUGGAUUUACCGAUGUCACCAUGUAUGAGAGUCUGGUUCGGACGCAUGAGUCGCUCACGAAUGUGGCGCCCCUUGACUCAAUCUCGCAGGUUGUUGAGCGGAUCCGGCAGUCGGAGGCCAAGCGCGAGAGCCGGCGCCAGAUGCAAAUUGCCCACUCGCGUGCGGAUCGCGAGCGCCGUCUGGCUGAGCAGCAAGGCAUGCAGACGUCGGAGCCGCAUGCGCAGGCGCCGUGUAGUGACGGAUCCUUGAAGCGAAAAGCUGACGCUACAGAAGAGCCAGCAGAAGCAGCGCCUGGCACGCUCGCUGAGAACGAGCAGGACACCGCUGCCGAGAUGCUGUACAGCGCUGGAUUCCGGCAGAAAGUCGAGCGCCGUCCGAUGACGCUGGCAAAUGUAUAUUCGCGACCGUAUGCCCAAAUGCGGGGCCACACGAGCUACUUGACAUUUGCUACGCUCUUACCGCGGUCUACGUAG